AUGUAUUUGUUAACAUUUUCAACUAAACUCAAUUAUGUUCAAAUUGUAGAUGGUACGAAAUAUGAGUCAUAUAGUAUGGACUAUAUUAAGGGUCGUUUAAAAAGAUUAAGAGAUAAUUUGAAAAAAGUUGAACUAGUUCUUUACAAAUCUGAGGAGGAACUAAAGAAACAAAUAGAUAUAACAGUCCGAGUAUCUUCGACUCUUCGAAGGUGCUUCAACAGUGAAAGUUUCAGUUUAUACGAGGUUUCCCAGAUAAUUGCACUGAUUUUCAAAAAAGACGAGAUUACAAGAAAUUACAAUAAACAUUUAUGGAUGCAUCGAUUACUAAUAAAUAUUGCCAAUGAAGAUAAUCGUUGA